UCCCAGAGGGCCGCGCGGCCGCGGGCCCUUCAGUUCCCAGGACGACCCCGGCCCGCGGGCGGAAGCCGAAGCUUCGUAGGCCGCUGGAGCCUGGAGCUGGCGACACCGAGACGUGCGCCUUGGGACCUGCUGUCGGCGCGCCAACUCUGCCCACCACUUCUUGCCCCGCGCCGCCAUGAAGGACUCGUUGGUGCUGCUUGCCCGUGUCCCGGCGCACCCCGACUCCCGCUGCUGGUUCCUGGCCUGGAACCCCGCGGGGACCCUGCUGGCUUCGUGCGGUGGAGACCGUAGAAUCCGCAUCUGGGGCACCGAGGGUGACAGCUGGAUCUGCAAGUCUGUUCUUUCUGAAGGCCAUCAGCGCACUGUGCGGAAGGUGGCCUGGUCCCCUUGUGGGAACUACCUAGCCUCUGCCAGCUUUGAUGCUACCACUUGUAUUUGGAAGAAGAACCAGGAUGACUUUGAGUGUGUAACCACUCUUGAAGGCCAUGAAAAUGAGGUCAAGUCAGUGGCUUGGGCCCCCUCUGGCAACCUCUUGGCCACCUGCAGCCGAGAUAAGAGUGUGUGGGUCUGGGAAGUUGAUGAAGAAGAUGAGUAUGAAUGUGUCAGCGUCCUCAAUUCCCACACACAGGAUGUCAAGCAUGUGGUUUGGCACCCGAGCCAAGAGCUAUUGGCUUCUGCUAGCUAUGAUGACACAGUAAAGCUGUACCGGGAAGAAGAGGAUGACUGGGUAUGCUGUGCCACCCUUGAGGGCCAUGAGUCCACUGUGUGGAGCUUGGCCUUUGAUCCCAGUGGCCAGCGACUGGCAUCUUGCAGUGAUGACCGUACGGUGCGCAUCUGGCGUCAGUAUCUGCCAGGCAACGAACAAGGGGUGGCAUGCAGCGGUUCCGACCCCAGUUGGAAAUGUAUCUGCACUUUGUCGGGCUUCCACUCCAGGACCAUUUACGACGUUGCUUGGUGUCAGCUGACAGGGGCCCUGGCCACCGCUUGUGGGGAUGAUGCCAUCCGGGUGUUUGAGGAGGACCCCAGCUCAGAUCCACAGCAGCCCACGUUCUCCCUGGCUGCCCACUCRCGACAGGCCCAUUCCCAGGAUGUCAACUGUGUAGCCUGGAACCCCAAGGAGCCUGGGCUCCUGGCUUCCUGCAGUGAUGAUGGGGAGGUGGCYUUCUGGAAGUAUCAGCGGCCUGAAGGCCUCUGAGCUACUACAACUUUAGAGUAAAGGUUCCCCAGGAAGUUGAAAGACUCCUAGUCCUCAGGGACCUGGAAAAGCUUGCUUGACCUUCAUUUAGCCUGGCUCACCUCUCCUGAGACCUGCGUGGCAGUGUGGAACCACAGGACUUUCCCUCCUUGGUCCAUAAGGACCUUGGUAAAGAGCCACAGGAUGUGAGUACAUUGUUAGCCACAGAGUUUUUUGCUUUAGGGGACAGUGUGUUACAUUUGGGGGGAUGAAUAUAGUGUUUAUAAUCACCGCAUACGUGUGUGUUUCUGUAUGUAGGUGUGCAGCAGGGAGUGUACUUCAGACCUUCCUGACAGUGUGAGCUUUAUAGAACUAAUCCAUUCAAGUCCAAAGUCCUACUUCAUGAAGACAUUCAAUCUUUCCCAUUGUGGAUUGUCUAAGUCCUGCUUUCCCUCAGAAAACCUUACAUACCUCUUGUGCCAUUAUUCUGAUGCCAACAGAGGAAAUGAAAAAAUAAAUGGGAAAGA